AGAAGGUGGUUCAGAAUACAGGUAUUGUUUAUCCCGCCCUGCUUCGUUUCACCUGUACCACAUGGCCUUCCCUCCCUCCUGUAUUUAGUCUGUGAGGUGCCCUCUCUCAGUGCAAGUUUGUCUUACUACCCUGGGUCAAUUGUUCCAGCAUUUUUUCUUGUGUCUAGUUUUCCUGGUGUAUUUGAUUUGUGCCUAGUUUUCGUGGACCUCACCUUUUGUCUUCUCUUGUCAGAUUUUGUUUGGCUGAUCUAGUGACUGGCUCCCUGUGUACCAAACCUUUUAUCAGGACUGUUUUUAGAGGAGAGAAAAGAACAGUGAAGCGAUCAGAAUGUCUGCUGAUCCGGACAAGUUUCUUGAAACACACACCAGCAUUUCACUCGAAACAUGACAAUAAGAGCAAAAGCCCAGGAAAUCUGACAAGGAGGACAGGGAGGGCUUGGACUUUGAUAUCUCAUCUGGGAUUGAGCCCAAAAUAACAAGGGAGAUGGCGUUAUGCAACAUGAGAAGAUGGAUUUACGUCGAUCAGAACUGUUUGAUUUCCAAGGAGUCUCAAUGACCCACUUUUUCACAGACAACUGGGAAAACAUUCAAAACUUUCAGGCCAGGCCAGAUGACAUACUUCUCGCAACAUACCCCAAAGCCGGAACCACAUGGGUCUCCUACAUCCUUGACUUGUUGUACUUUGGUCAAACAUCCCAGGAGCGUCAGACAUCCAUUCCAAUAUAUGACAGAGUCCCUUUCCUGGAGAUCAUGUUGCCCUCUAUGGAAUCAGGAGUUGACCUGGCGAACAACCUUCCCACCUCUCCACGACUCAUUAAAACUCAUUAUCCAGUCCAGUUUGUGCCAAAGUCCUUUUGGGAGCAAAACUGCAGGAUGAUCUACGUGGCCCGCAAUGCCAAAGACAACGUGGUCUCUUAUUUUCACUUUGAUAAGAUGACUCUGACCGAGCCAGAUCCUGGAGACUGGAGCAGCUACCUCCACAGAUUCAAAGAGGGAAAAAUGGUGUUUGGAUCCUGGUAUGACCAUGUGAACGGCUGGUGGAAGAAGAAACAGACUUACUCAAACCUCCAUUACAUGUUCUUCGAAGAUAUGGUUGAAGAUACUGGACGGGAAAUAGACAAACUCUGCCGCUUUCUUGGUUUGUCUCCUUCAGUGGACGAGAAGAAACAAAUUACAGGUGGAGUGCAGUUUGAUAACAUGAAAAAGAACGACAUGGUCAACUAUUCAGCCUUUCCUGUCAUGGAUUUCAAAAUAUCUCCUUUCAUGAGAAAAGGGAAGGUUGGUGACUGGAAGAACCAUUUCACUGUGGCCCAGAGUGAAGAGUUUGAUGAAGACUACAAGAAGAAGAUGAAGGAUCCUACACUUCAGUUUCGCACUGUAAUCUGAACAGGAGGGGACAGACUGUGUAUAUGUGGAGGCUUGUCCUGAGUGACCGGACGCGUGGCAUUUCUGUAAAAAUUAUCAAAUUAUUUUUGGCUCUAAUGACAGCAGGUGUGUGGAGUGGGUCCUCUUGUGCUUUUUGUCUGAAUUAAGGCUGUGAACUACACAUCAUGAAGCACAGUGUCAUUUCUGAUAGCGAACAUGUCUUCAUGUCGUGUAUUACCCAAAUAUAUGUUGGUUAAUGUGUAAUAAAAGAGCAGCUGUAUUACACAUUUUUACUGAUACUACUAAUUAAGAACAAGAGAUCAGUGGGAUCAAUGACAUGAAUGCAUUUUUCAUAUUUUCAUAUCCAUAUUUUAUAUUCACAAUAAAACAAUAAGAAAUCUGUCAUGUCCCGCCGUGUUUGAUGUGUCUGUUCA